CCUCCUCCACCCAAUCCUGUCUGCCUCUCCCCCUGAGGCCCCGCCCCCUACUCCCCGCCCCUCUCGCCCCGCCCCCCGUCCAAUGCUGAGCUCAGUCUGCGUCUCGUCCUUCCGCGGGCGCCAGGGGGCCAGCAAGCAGCAGCCGGCGCCACCGCUGCAGCCGCCCGAGUCCCCGCCGCCGCUUCCCCCGCCGCUGUCACCGCCGCCGCUGCAGCAGCAGCAGUCUGCGCAGCCCGGCCCCGCCGCGUCCUCGGCGGGCCCCCCGGCACCUCGCGGGCCCGGGGGCCGGCGCGCCGAGCCAUGCCCCGGGCUGCCGGCGGCGGCCAUGGGGCGGCACGGCGGCGGCGGUGGCGACAGCGGCAAGAUCGUGAUCAACGUGGGCGGCGUGCGCCAUGAGACGUACCGCUCGACGCUGCGCACCCUGCCGGGGACGCGGCUGGCCGGCCUGACGGAGCCCGAGGCGGCGGCGCGCUUCGACUACGAUCCCGGCGCUGACGAGUUCUUCUUUGACCGGCACCCGGGAGUCUUCGCCUACGUGCUCAACUACUACCGCACAGGCAAGCUGCACUGUCCAGCCGACGUGUGCGGGCCGCUUUUCGAGGAGGAGCUCGGCUUCUGGGGCAUCGACGAGACCGACGUGGAGGCCUGCUGCUGGAUGACCUACCGGCAGCACCGCGACGCCGAAGAGGCGCUCGACUCCUUUGAGGCUCCGGACCCAGCGGGCGCAGCCAACGCCGCCAACGCCGCCGGCGCCCACGACGCGGGCCUGGACGACGAGGCGGGUGCGGGCGGCGGCGGCUUGGACGGCGCGGGCGGCGAGCUCAAGCGCCUCUGCUUCCAGGACGCGGGCGGCGGCGCCGGGGGGCCGCCAGGGGGCGCGGGCGGCGCAGGCGGCACGUGGUGGCGCCGCUGGCAGCCCCGCGUGUGGGCGCUCUUCGAGGACCCCUACUCGUCGCGGGCCGCCAGGUAUGUGGCCUUCGCCUCCCUCUUCUUCAUCCUCAUCUCCAUAACCACCUUCUGCCUGGAGACCCACGAAGGCUUCAUCCAUAUCAGCAACAAGACAGUGACCCAGGCCUCCCCGAUCCCCGGGGCUCCACCAGAGAACAUCACCAAUGUGGAGGUGGAGACGGAGCCCUUCCUGACCUACGUGGAGGGCGUGUGUGUGGUCUGGUUCACCUUUGAGUUCCUUAUGCGUGUCACCUUCUGCCCGGACAAGGUGGAAUUUCUCAAGAGCAGCCUCAACAUCAUCGACUGCGUGGCCAUCUUGCCCUUCUAUCUCGAGGUGGGCCUGUCGGGCCUCAGCUCCAAGGCCGCCAAGGACGUGCUGGGCUUCCUGCGGGUCGUCCGCUUCGUGCGCAUCCUCCGCAUCUUCAAGCUCACGCGCCAUUUUGUGGGGCUGCGCGUGCUGGGCCACACGCUCCGCGCCAGCACCAACGAGUUCCUGCUGCUCAUCAUCUUCCUGGCGCUGGGCGUGCUCAUCUUCGCCACCAUGAUUUACUACGCCGAGCGCAUCGGCGCGGACCCCGAUGACAUCCUGGGCUCCAACCACACCUACUUCAAGAACAUCCCCAUCGGCUUCUGGUGGGCCGUGGUCACCAUGACGACCCUGGGCUACGGAGACAUGUACCCCAAAACGUGGUCGGGGAUGCUGGUCGGGGCCCUGUGUGCCCUGGCCGGGGUGCUCACCAUCGCCAUGCCCGUGCCCGUCAUCGUCAACAACUUUGGCAUGUACUACUCGCUGGCCAUGGCCAAGCAGAAGCUGCCCAAGAAGAAGAACAAACACAUCCCCCGCCCCCCGCAGCCCGGCUCUCCCAACUACUGCAAGCCCGACCCUCCCCCACCGCCCCCGCACCACGCCCACCAGGGCAGCGGCGGCAUCAGCCCCCCGCCCCCCAUCACCCCACCUUCCGUGGGGGUGACUGUGCCUGGGGCCUACCCACCGGGCCCCCACACGCACCCCGGGCUGCUCAGGGGGGGAGCGGGUGGGCUCGGGAUCAUGGGGCUGCCUCCUCUGCCAGCCCCUGGGGAGCCUUGCCCUCUGGCUCAGGAGGAAGUCAUUGAGAUCAACCGGGCAGAUCCCCGGCCCAACGGGGACCCUGCCGCAGCUGCGCUUGCCCAUGAGGACUGCCCAGCCAUCGACCAGCCCGCCAUGUCCCCGGAAGACAAGAGCCCCAUCACCCCUGGGAGCCGAGGCCGCUAUAGCCGGGACCGAGCCUGCUUCCUCCUCACCGACUAUGCCCCUUCCCCUGAUGGCUCUAUCCGGAAAGCCAUCGGUGCUCCCCCACUGUCCCCCCAGACUGGCAUAAGCCAGGCCCCCCAAGCUUCUUGCCCGACCUCAACGCCAACGCUGCAGCCUGGAUAUCCCCCUAGCGGACGAAUCCCCUCCCCCCGGGCUCUUGUCACCGCCUGAGACCUCGCGAGACCCUCGGUCCCCCCCUGCCCCUUCCCCCCAGGUUAGCAUUUGGGAAUGGCUGGGAGGGGGUGUCCCCAAGAUACUGGGCUUCCAACCCCGGUGCCCCAGGCCCCUUCCCCUCUGGUCAAGAUGCCCUCAUCCAGACAGACCUCUUGGCAUCACCUAGAGAAGUACUGGAACUUUCCCCAGACACUGGCAGACUCAGAUCUUCCCAAGCUUUCAAGAAACCACACACGUACUCCCCCAGUCUUAGACCCGUUGGGCUCUCAAGACACUGUGAGAACCUUCCCAUCAGAAGGUUUCCACCUCAAGACUUCAUGACCCUUUAAAGAUACCCCAUUACAACCUGCAGGUGUGCCCUGGCCCACUCAGACUGCUCUCCAGCGCCGCCCCCCCCCCAGGCACUGCCCCCUUUUGCUCCUUUCCGCCCCCCACAGCCCCAUCACCUGCCUUUCCCCCUUUCCCCACAACUAGGUCAGCCCCCACCCAAGCCCUCCCACCGGCUGCUCCCCUACAUGCAUUCCACCAAGCUCCCUCCCCAUGCCCGGCUGCCCACCAUCUGCCUUGCUGCCCCCCACCGUUUUGCCUCAGAUAAGGGGGCCAAUGGGGGAGGGGGAGGGGAAGUGUG